AUGACCGAUGCUCAAGACACCAUCAAGCCAAGCAAUCUGACACCUGAUGUCUUAGAAGCGGCGAGUAUUCUGAUAGCGAUGAAGCGUGGAAUGCGAUAUUUUCUCUUAGAAGCUCAACAAGCACGCCAUCAGCUCUCUUUCUUGGAUUUCGCAGCACUCAAUCCUGGUUCCGCUCAAGUUCAUUUUCUUGCUGGUCACAGAAUCCCAUUUUCACCCCUCUAUGAUAUCACUCCCAUGCCAGCGGCUUACCAUUUUCCAUUAGCGCAGCCGGUUGCGUAUUAUGGGAUGUUGGCUUCGCCUUCGUGUUAUGUAGGGCUGUCCAGGGAGCGCGGAGCAUCUAUGGAGGGUGUUGUGGACAGUGAAAGUACUCAAUCAGGUGAUUGUCCCCCAAGAGUGGCUUUUUUUCCCCAUCCUUACCUUGAUAAAUGCCAAAGCAAAGACUUCAACUUACCGUAAACGAAUGUUUUGAGCGCGCAUGGUUUUGAGUGAGACGUAACACCACUCGUUUAAAUUCUAUCACAAGUUUUUUGCGGAUUAUUUAAAACAAGAACGCACAACACGCAGUGAAACGUUUCACAGUAAAUUUCCUCCAUGAAUAAAAUAUAAUCCAUGGCAAAAACAGUGAGGAAAUAAUUGAUUAACUUAGGCGAUUAUAAUUACAAAGAAGAAUUGACAAAUUUUGGGCAAGGACGCAGAAACAACGCUCAUUUUAAGAGACAUGCACAUAGGAAUGAAUAGCAGAGUACAGUAUUUAAAAAAAAGGAAAAAAAAGAGCUUUCAACUAUAUCUAAACGAGCAAUUUGCGUCAUACGUGAAGUGCGCUGUAAAUUGUCGAUUUAUCGCAAUUUUUAAUUGACAGUCGAAAGUGAUCCAAGAUUUCGUUGGUUUUGCUCUACUUCGCUCUGUGAUUGGUCCAGAAAACUCACACCGCCAACUCAACCAAUCAGAUCCCGCGCUUCAGGCGGUUUGCUUGUUUUUAUAUUGAGUUUUCAUCGGCUCUUAAAGGUAUUUUUCAUUCUCCUCAUUGGCCAUCGUGAUUUUAUCUCAAUCGGAAAGCGCUUUUGCAUGAUAUGAUAGCCAAGGCUUGGGCAACGUGUGUGGUUUCCUUACCCACUUUGAAGAUGGCUCUACGCCGUUUGUUCAUUUUCACGGAAAUUUCAAUUUCUUUCUGUUGCAGCUCCAAAGAGGAUGCGGUUGUCCACUACGUCUACAAGUUCUCCUGAAUGUGCAGCCAACGAGAAGCAAGAAUCGAAGAGGAGAAGAAAAAACUACACCAAAGAACAACUUGAGAUUCUCGAAGCCGCGUACGCUGAAAUGAAAUACCCACACAUAGAAGAACGAUUAAAGCUGGAGAAAGUUACAAAACUGACAGAAGACCGGAUACAAGUUUGGUUUCAAAAUCGACGCGCAAAAGACCGGAAAAGAAUUGAGCCUGAGAAAUACCAAAAAUACGUUGAGGACACUCAAAAAAUUACUGGCGAAGGCCAAAAAAAUGACGCCGAGGAAAAAAGUCCGAGUGAAAGUCCAAUUCAAGGUGCGCGACCAAAACAAAGACAAAACAGUAGUAGCGAUACAAGUGACAAUGCGUGUGGGGAAUUUGACAAUUUCAGUUUUAGUGGACCUCAAACAGAAUAA